AUGGCCGAUGCAGACAACCUCCAAGAGUCCAGCCGAGCGCAAGACACAGGGGAGCUAACGCAGUAUUUUUCGGGGCCUUACUUGCAAGGCAAGCUCUACGAAGGGUUGCAGUACUCCCUGGACUCCGUCUACAAGCCCUUGACCUUCAGGUAUGAUGCCCCUGACGGUGCUGUGCAUGUGUGGCGUCAUGCCUUCGAUCUACGUGACGUCCAGUCUUCGGACAGCAAGGAGGGUGUGCGCAUCCUCUACCACUACACGAAUGAGCUUGCCUUCCUGAACAUUGGUGACCUCGAGCAGAGUAGCACGGAGCUCUUCGCUUCCCUCGUUGAUAGUCGGGCCCAUUUCGGCAAAGGUGUGUAUGCUAGCCAGCAUGAGCCCUCUGCAUUUAAACUGCGGGUCCGUAUUCUCCUCAACAACUACAGCAAUGGUAGCCCUGAUUGUCGCGCGGAUGAUCCUGAGCAUGCUCGUGUCCUUUCUGAGUGGGGGGAUGCUAAUCCCAGUGGGCAUCGUGCGGGCUUUUGUAUUCCCAUCAUUGCACCCGAGCAGUUGGCGUAUAACAUUUUUCAGAAGCAGACCCCUGAUCUUGCCGAGAAGCAAACGCAGGAUCCGACCACAGGGAAACUGCGCCCGAUCCGCUUAGGCGAGGACUACAAGGGCCGAGCUAUUCAUCGGGCUCGCGAUGUUUGGGUCCUCAGGAGCGUUGACACUUCCGGCAAAGUGGUCAACGCUUCGGUUGACGCUGACAGCGUGCUGGAGCUUCUCAAGCUCCGCUUGCGAAAGCUCCGUGACACGGAUGGGGACACAGGCCCAGCCACGUUGGACUGCAUGAGCGAACUGGCCGACAGGCUGGCAGGCCGUGCCCAGCACGCUGAGGCCGAGAAGCUGCAAAGAGAGUGUCUCGAAUGCCUGCGGGACAAGCUUGGCAAUGAUGCCCCUGAGACGCUGUUGACCAUGAACAACCUCGCCAUGCUGCUGAAAGAUCAGGGCCAACCUGAGGAAGCAGAGCUUAUAUUUCGAGAGGCCUUAAAGACGAGCCGUGCCAAACUCGGCAAUGACCAUGAGCAUACACUUCUCUUGGCCGGCGGUCUGGCAAUACUCCUGCAGGACUGUGGGCAGCUGCAGGAGUCCGAGCCGUUGUACCGUGAAGUGUUGGAGGGUCGCCGGCGAAGGUUUGGCAAACACCAUCCGGACACACUCGGGGCCCUCAAUGACGUGGCAUACUUGCUGAAAGUUCGGAACGAACUGGAUGAAGCUGAGUUGUUGUACCGAGAGACUUUGGACGGCCGCCGCGCGAAGCUUGGCAACAAUCAUCCAGAAAUGUUCAACUCCAUGCACAAUUUGGCAGCUCUACUGCAAUCUCAAGGACGAUUAGAUGAAGCUGAGGCAAUGUAUUGCGAGGCUUUAGAGGGUCGGCGGAACAAGCUCGGAGAGGAUCACCCUUCCACUCUGAACUCUGCCAAUAGUCUGGCAGGCCUGUUUGCUGCUCAGGGGCAGUUGGAUAAGGCAGAGCCGCUGUUCCGAGAAGCUUUGCAGGGUAGAAGGGCCAAAUUUGGCGAUGACCACCCAUCUACGUUGGCAUCUUUGAACAAUCUAGCAGGACUGCUGCGUGCGCGGGGCCAAGUGCGGGAAGCUGAGCUGCUGUUCCGAGAGGCCCUGCAGACAAGCCGGCUGACCUUAGGGAGCGACCAUGCAAAAACACUGGCUUUCGCUGGCAACCUCGCUCGCCAUCUGCGUGACCAGGGCAAACUCAAGGAGGCAGCCCCGCUCUACAGAGAAGCUUUGUGUGGGACGCAGGCUCAAAUGGGGGAGUCACAUCCGCAGACACUUGGACUGAUGUUCAACCUGGCCGUUCUGCUGGAGUCUGCGGGCGAGAUGAAAGAGGCAGAGGAGCUUUUCCGCGAAGAGCUGACUAGGUCCAUGAAAGAGAAUGGAGUCUCCCAUCCUGACACCAUGGAGUCUGCUGGGAACCUCGUGAGGUUCUUUCAGGAGCAAGGCCGGGUGACGGAGGCACAAGAGCUAAUUGUGAAGAUCCGGCGUGCCGUCGCAUGA